AUGGCACCGUACGACGACUACGAGCUGUGUCUUAGGUUUCUUGAAACCGUACCUGAAGAAAUGCAAGUUCCUGAGAGAUCUGCUGCUAGACCAAGAGCUGAUUUGGCAGGCAAGGGAGUGUUGCAGAGUUAUAACCAUGAUGAUAGUGACGAUGAGGUUCUGUCGCAGGAGUUGAACUUUAGGACCCAGGAUUCGUCUGAUUAUGGGUCGCCGAAGGAGUCUAUCUUUUCCGCUUGCUCUUCGCCCAAGAUGCCUUCUUUGAGCUUGCACCAAGAGGAAGUUCAAGAUGAGGAUCUUGAUUUGUUUUUGGGAGAGCUUGACGAGGUGGAGAUUCAUGAAAUUACCAAUGUGCUUACGUACGUGAAGGGUGAGGUUCCACGGCUCAAGUGA